AUGCAGGGCCUCAUGUUCCGGUGCAGCACCGGCUGUUGUGAGGACAGCCAGGCCACCGUGCAGCAAGUGCACCGGUGCAUUGAGCGCUGCCAUGCACCUCUGGCUCAAGGCCAGGCCCUGGUGACCAGUGAAUUGGAGAAGUUCCAGAACCGCCUGGAAUGGUGCACUAUGCAUUGCAACGACAAAGCCAAAGAUUCAGUAGAAGCGGGGAGUAAAGAGCUUCAGGUGAAGCAGCAGCUGAAGAGUUGUGUGACCAAGUGUGUGGAUGACCACAUGAACCUCAAUCCCAGUCAUGACCAAGAAGAUGAAGGAGUCUCUCUCAUCCAUUGA